UAAAGCUUCUGCUAAUGGCCUUUGUGUGAAGGCGGGGAGGACUCGUCUCGGUUAGGCUGCUGAUUAGCAACAAACAGAAGGUUACGACUUUAGAAAUUGGAUCAAAUUUAACCGCCGGACUGUCUUUACGGCGACCUAAGGCGACUACAAGGGUGUCGGAUGUCUACACGGAGCUUGUUGUCUCGCUUUUUACCGGGAACCCGGUGGUGAUUUGCAACAUUUCGGGCUUAUCGACGAGGCGAAGCCUCGCGUUUCGGGUCGUUCAAGUGGCGAUGCCGAGCCCGUAGCUGCGUCAUCAUGCUGCUUCCGACUCGAGUUGUCGAAAAGAAAUCUCAAGUUAACGCCGGAGGUGAAGCUGCGCGCCGUCACCCAGCGCCCGGAGGCCACUCCCGACCCCUGGAAUAGAUGGAAGACGAGCUGUCGGCGCGCGGGGUUUGGGGUGAACCCGUUUUGCGUGGUCUCCGUGAAAACCGGUUGACUUUACCGUAACGUCCCUCGGCGUUUGGUUGGCGCGAUGCUUUCGGUAUCUCAACGUCAGACAGUUUAACGCGUCUGUUGAUGCUGCGUCGCGUAAGAACCCGCGCGAUUUCUUUUUUUUUUUUUAAACAAAAUACGACCCAAAUGCUAAAAAAAAAAGUGCAGCCGUAUUUUAUUUUUUUUAUUUAACAGACGUUAGUCACGGCCGUUGGGGCAGUGAGAAGCGAUGCUCUCACUGACAGUUGCUGGGCGCCGUCUGCGUUAGCGUCGCGUGGGCAAAGCUAGCCUUUGUGAGCCGUAAUGAGAGACGUCGCGGUUCGUUUGAGCCCGUUUGCAGCCCCCCGCCCGGCUACCCGGAGUUGUUAGGUCGGUGCGUCUGCUGUCACCGGUAUCAGGUCGGCCGGUGAAGUUUCGCCCUCGCGGCCCACACCGCUGUGACCCCCCCUCCCUUUGGGGGGGAAAGUGGAUAAAAGUUUAAAUCAGUUAACGUUAAAUAUAAAGUAAUAAUAAUAAUAAUGGCCGGUAUCUGCACUCACGUCGGUGCCAGUUACGCGAGCGCGGAGACGUUUUGUCCGUCCGAACCGUGGACUGAUGGAGACCGGGCCGGAAGGAUGGAGACAGCCGGGAACUCUGAAGGGCGUGGACCUCCCGCACGGCGCUCGCCCAACUUCGAGACGAUAGACGGGCUGUUGUACCGCAAGAAGCUGGAACGGGGCUUCGUCAACUACCGGGAGGUUUUGGAGGAGGACCGGAGACAGGAGGCCCUCUCCACCUUUCACCGGCGGCGCCUCGGCCAGAGCCACCUGUCCCUGGAGGAGACCUAUAAAUGCGUGGCUGAGAACUACUGGUGGGAAGGUAUGUACUUCCAGAUCAGAGAUUUUGUCCUGGGCUGUCUGGAAUGCCAGCGCACUAAGAAAACAGAGGAGCCGGGUGGCAGAGGAUGCGUUACGAAGACGAUGGUGUCGCACGGCGCCGACAUGCUGAGCAAGCUGAGGGGUCAGCGGGAGGCGGGGCUGUUCUGCGACAUCACGCUGCGGACAAACGGGCGAUCCUACUCGGCCCACAGAGCCGUCCUGGCGGCCGUCAGCGACCACUUCCAGGAGAUCUUCACAGAAAUGGACUCCGGCAUGAAGGCCGACAUAGAUCUCACCGGUUUUAGGGAGGACAGCCUUCUGUCGCUGCUGGAUUUCUCCUACUCCUCCACCCUGUGUGUUCGCCAGGAGGACCUACCCGAAGUCAUCGCCAUGGCCCGCCACCUGGGCAUGUGGCCCGCGGUGGAGGCCUGCUCCGCUCUCAUGAAGGAGCAGGAGAGGAAGCUCCGUCCUCGCGAGAACAACUGUGCCGGCCCAUGUCGCGAACGUUGCUGCCAACGCAGGGAGGGCAAAAGGAAACGGGCCUUUGGGUUGGAGGACAAUGUGAACAACGGCUUCUGUUUGCUGCUGGAUCCGACCGACGAGUCUUUCCAAGGAGGCCCGAGGCGAAACCUGCGUCGGACGCCGAAAGCUCACAACGGUCUCCCUCUGAGUCCCUCGCACAGGAUGAAGCUCAUGGACUUUAAAUCGCCCUCCUCCAAGAAAGCCAGCACGCCUCGACACGCCUCAGCCAACACGCAGUCCCAGAAUUACUCGCGGAUCUCCCCACCCAAUUCCCGUCUCCUCCGCUCCACUCCCGGGGCAGCCAAAGAGCUCCAGCGAUUGCUGCCCACACCGGAGAGUCCUCGCCGAAACCGGAGAGCCAACUCCGUCCCGCGGCUGCCACGCGUCGCAAAGACCGCCGCGUGCAGCCCCGUGCGGAUAAAGCAGGAAGUGGUAGAGGUCGGAGAGGACGAGCAGGACAGCGCGAGAGCGCAGCAGAAGUACGAGCUGAUGAGCGUCCUCGGGUUACAAAGGACCGCCCUGCUGCCCCGACCAGAGGAUCUGAUCGGCUGGAGACAGAAGAAACGAUUGAGGAAGCUGAAGGCGAACAACUACUCGCUGACGAAGCGGCGGAAACCCCGCCCCGCCUCCCCGGUCCUCCCGUACGGGGCUCUGUCACUCACCCUUCCCCUGUGUGACCCCAUUAACACUCACCUCCUCAGCAAGUCGGGGAAGACCAAGCCCGCCGUUCCAGUCGGCAAAGAGCAGGCGAAGGCAAAAAAGCCCAAGGGCACCCCGAGGAGGGUGCCUCCGAGUGACCGGAGCAUGCGAAGUCAUGGCGCCUUGCCCGACAUGUUUCAACCGUUCUGCGGGCGGGAACUCAGGCGGUCGGUGAGGAAGGGCGACGGUGUCCACCACAACGCCCGGCUGCCCCGGCGACGCAGCGCCAAGAGGACUCCUGCGAGAAACCUGGUCAGGAUCAAAUCCGAACCGGUCGACUACUCCGUCUCAGGCUUCCCUAUGUCAUCCGACGGUCGCCGCGGCAACGCGCCCCACAGGUCACCGCCUCCGCCUGGGACACAAGCCAAAAGUAACGCCGCCGUCAAAACGCCGCGGUACAACAGCAGCCGGCGGGCUCCGAAGACGAAGCUUGCGCGGAGCUCCGCAGUGGAGGGGGCCAAGACCUUGAAGUGUGAACCCGGGGAAGAGGGGAUCCGGGUCUUGAACAGUGGGCUCCAGUUUUCAGAGCGUCCACAUCCGGCGUCCAUCUACAACAACCCUCUGUACAAAGUCAUCAAAGAGGAGCCCGCAGACCCCGUGCCGGUUGGCGGACCCUUCUGCGAUCCGCCCUCGCCGGACCUGGGCAAGCGGCAGAGCAAGCCCCCCAUCAAACUGCUGGACUCUGGCUUUCUUUUCAGCUUCUGUCGGCCCGCGGGGGGGCUGAAGAAAGAGGAGGAGAGCGUUGACAUCUGCCUGACGCGCUCGGUGUCACAAAUCAGACAGAGAUUCGGAGCAGAGGAGUCUCCACACAGGGCGCUGAGGGCCCGGGGGCCCACCGCCCCGCCCGCGGGGAAGGAGAGGAUUGCGAGGCAAAGCAAGGUCCAGAGACCCCGGCAGAACUCCCGACACAGCACUCCUCAACUGGCCAAAGCUGUAGAGUCAAAGGCCACAAGGGCCGUGCCGAAGCAAGCAAAUGCCCCUCCGAGCGGCAGGAGCCGUGUCUCGCUGGACGCUGUACAGCGAGCGAGGCUGAAGCAGCUCCGAGGGCCUCGCAGCCAAGUGCCCAAAGUCCCGAAGGCGACACAUUCCUGUGCGCAGUGCUCGGCCUCCUACAAGGACUGUGACGCUCUCAUCAUGCAUCGCCUCCGGCACAUUGAGGGGAAGCACUGGCCGUGCCUGCUCUGCAGUAAGACGUUCUUCCGACUGAGGAAUGUACGGAACCACAUCCACACCCAUGACCCCAAGUUGUACAAAUGUCGGAGCUGCAUUGCUGCUGGCUCCUGAGGCAGCUAAACUGCGAGGCCGAGGGUGAAGGCUUUUCGGCGUGUGGCACCAGCAAACGGGCUGUGGCCGGAGGCACAUGAUCGAUGAGCAGCUUGUACAUAAUGCAUCUGUCACACACAGAACACACACACACAGAGCACAACAGACUGUGGAAAGGCAUAAUUCCGAUAGAAUACCGAUUUCUAAUCAUUGCUGUUGCCAAUGAUUGCUAACGUUAAAUAACCAAACCAAGGUUCGCUGGUCCGGUUUGCGUUUCCGUAGCAACAGAAGGUUAAACUUGAACAUUACACUCAGGGGGUGGGAGAAGGUGAUGCCACGGUAUAAAGUGAUUUUAACGUGCGUCAAAUGAAAUGUAAAGUGAUUGUUAUAACUAUUACUGCUACUUAUUGUUAUUAUUUUUGUAUGUAUAGAUGCAUUUUGAGUGCACUUAUAUAAUAGCUUACGUUGUUAACCUAAGAGGGGGUCGACGGUUUGGAGGUCUUGGCGGGUGAACUUGACGUGAUGGAAGUUUUGGAGGGAAUACUUGAAGUUAGGGGUGAAAGGGGUGGGGGGGGUCCUAGGAGAGAGAGAGAGACUGUCCUUCUUGGGUGUUUCAUUGGGUCUUUGUGCUUUUUGGUGUGCUAACUUUAAAAGCAUCUUGAACAGUCCGUCCCUCCUUGCGUAUUUAUCUCACUUAUCUCUCAUGGUCUGUGAGUCGGAGACUCACUCCGGGCUGGUAUGGUGACACCACUGCAUGUGUAUUUGCAGGCCAUUUGUGGUCCACUGUCUUUUCUAAGGCUGCCAAUUUUAAAAAAAGGGGAAAUGAUCUUGGUUUUAAUGUGGAAUUCUGACUAGUAAUCUGCAAAUGUGUCACAACAGAUUGAUCGCUUCCACUUUGAUCCAAGAAAAGACACUUCUUGUUCCACUCAAAUGUCCCCUUCUGAAUCAAUGCAAUGCGUACACAUUAAAGAGAUAUUUAAGUUUCACAAAUUGAUUUUAGAAAUAAAUGAGCUGUCUAUUGCUAUCUGUUAAACGGAAUAAAUUUUUGCCUUUCGUUUU